UUCAGAGGAGAAGGGAAUGGGUUUUUGGAAAGGAAAGAGUGGUUUAGAGAAGAAAUUGAUUGUUUCCGUCAUUGUCUUCGCGUUGAUAUCCAUCGGACUAUUGGUGGCGACCAUUGUAUUAGCCGUCAAAUACAACCAGUCGGACGACGAACCGGAUGUCUGCGAAUCAGCCCAAUGUUUAAUAGCAGAUAACCCUUUUAAGCACCCAGUGGAUAAAAUUUUACAUUAUUUAUAUCUGGACUCACUUUCUAUGAUAGCCUCCAAUCUCCAGAGUUCUCUCAACUUAUCUGCCGAUCCGUGCGAAGACUUUUAUGAGUACGCCUGUGGCGGUUGGAUCCGCGACAAUAUUAUCUCACCCGACAGGUCCCGAUGGUCUCAGUUUGAUGUGACCAGAAAGAGACUCGUAGAUAAUCUUAGAGUACUUCUCGAUGCAGAAUAUGAUGAUAAAUAUCCGACAAUUAUAUCGGACGCCACGAAAUACUAUAAGCAAUGCACGGAUUUAGAUAAACGAGAUGAGGGUUCAGACGAAUUGAAGAAAUUAGUAAUUGAUUGGCCGCUGAUUAACAACAAUCAAGCGAUUCCUAACUUUUUGUGGUGGCAAGAAGUGGCCAAGCUUAAUAGACAGCAUGGAUUCAGUUUUAUUUUAUCCAAUUAUGUCUAUUUGGACGCCAAAAACACCGCCAUUUACUCAAUUUAUUAUAUUAUUGACUUGAAUGGACAGGUAGACGCACCGUCAUUGGGUGUGGGUCGGGCACAACUGGUCAACCCCGACACCGAGAAAAAUAAGCCUAUUAUCGAGGCGUAUAAAGUAUUCAUCAAAAAGUCGGCCCAAUUGUUGGGCACAAUUAAUGAGCCGACUAUUGAGGCGGACAUUAAAAAUAUUGUCGACUUUGAGGCAGAAAUGGCCAAAAUUACGGCCGAAGCGUCCGCCCGUCCAAACCGCACCGAACUAUACGGCGAUAAAAUAGAUUUGCAAACAUUUGAGACCACAUAUAGUAUACCACUUUUGAAAAUUGAGCAGGAUGUCUUUGAGGACUAUGAGACUAUUGAUGGGAGCACAGGUCUUAUUGUUUAUGACCGAGAUUAUUUUAGACAAUUGGCUGAUUUAUUGACCACAACCAACGCCAGAGAUGUCAAAAUAAUACAGAAUUACCUGAAGUGGCGAACUGUACGCUCAUUAGGCACCCACACGUCAAAGGCUUUCCGGGACAUAGAGUUUGAGUUCAACAAAGCGGUGACAGGAGUGGAGGAGCCGAAGGCUCUUUGGGAGGAUUGUGUAGAUCUGGUCAACAAUAGGCUCCCAUUCGCUGUCGGAAGGGUUUACGUGGACAACAACUUCCCCGAAGAGGCCAAACAGGAUAUGGAUGUACUGAUCAAUGAGCUCAACAAAGCCUUCACUGAAUUACUCGAUGACAACGAGUGGAUGGAAAAGGAGACGAAAGAUAAGGCCAGAGAAAAGUUGGAAGCCAUGUUGAGAGCCAUCGCUUAUCCGGAUUUUAUUAAAAUAGAUACCGAAUUGACUGACUAUUAUAACGGGUUAGCCCUGAACUUUGACAACUCGUUCCUUAAAACCAUUGAAGUCAACAACUUGUGGUCCACUAAGAAGUCGCUAACUAUGUUGAAAAAAGACAACAAGGACAGAUCAACGCUUGAAUGGUCGACGGGUCCGGCGAUUGUCAACGCUUUCUUCAGCCCUAACAUCAAUCGCAUCACAUUCCCGGCGGGAAUACUUCAGUCACCAUUCUAUACGUACAAACUACCGAUGGCAUUAAAUUUAGGAGGAAUCGGAAUGGUUAUCGGGCAUGAGAUCACCCAUUCAUUUGACGAUUCAGGUGCUCAAUAUGAUAAGCUUGGCAAUCUAUACAACUGGUGGGACGAAGUUACUCAACAGAAAUUCACUGAAAAAGUCCAAUGUUUUAUCGACCAAUACAGUAGUUAUAACGACUCCAACGUGGGAAUGAAUAUCAAUGGAAAGACAACUAUUGGCGAGAAUAUCGCAGAUAAUGGAGGCUUAAGACAAGCAUUUAAAGCACUAGAGAACUAUAGCGGGAGUAAGCAGUUAUUGCCGGGAAGUAUGAGUAACUUCACGAGUGAACAGCUAUUCUUCCUAUCGUUUGCAAACGUGUGGUGUACAAACAUUAGGGAUGAGGCUUUACGAGACCAGAUCGAGACCGACCCCCACAGUCCCGGCAAAUACCGGGUUUGGGGCUCUGUUUCCAACUCCGAGUCAUUCGCCAAGGCAUUCAAUUGUAAGCCAAAGACUAAUAUGAAUCCCGAGUCCAAAGACAAGUGUAUUCUCUGG